AUGUCUGCCAGCAAAAUGCCACCUUUGCAGCCAGAAACAAUCAAGGAUUCGUCGACUGGAACCGCGGGAAUUGUUGCGUGUGAAGUCGCUGCCGAAAGCGAUGGGCUCAUAUCUCAAUCGGCGCUCAAAUCUCACAAUUAUGGCUCCAACUCCGCCAGCAAUGACGCUGAAGACGAUGAAGACGACAAAGCCGUCCUUCCCAAGGCCCAGCUUCGUCUUCUUGUGGCCAGUUUGUUCAUGGCCGCUUUUUUGGCUGCGCUCGACACCACUGUGGUCACCACGUUACUUACGGUGAUAGCAUCGGACCUAAAAUCGGUCGAGAGAAUCAGUUGGAUCGCCACUUCGUACUUGUUGUCAUGUUCGGCGUUCCAGCCGCUUUUUGGAAAGCUCCUGGACAUUUUCGGCCGGAAACUGUUGCUUGUGAUCUGCUGUGCUUUGUUCGCUGUAGGAUGCUGUAUCUGUGUCACAAACCUGCUUCCAUGGCUUGUGUUUGGACGCUUUGUCACCGGAUGUGGUGGUUCCGGUCUCACCACUUUGGGAACUAUCACUUUGUCUGAUUUGAUCCCUCUCAGACAGCGUGGUUUGUACCAGGGAAUGGCCAAUAUCUUUUUCGGCUUGGGGGCUGCCUCAGGAGGUAUUGUGGGCGGUGUGGUUUCCGACCUCUUGGGCUGGAAGUACGUAUUUGCACUUCAAGUGCCUCUUGCCGUGCUUGUAGGUUUGGCUAUUCAUAUGUACUUGGUGUUGCCUGAGGGUUCUCCUGGUCUUGGGGCUGCGGGAACUGAGUUCUCUGAGAAAUUGAAGCGUGUGGACUUUAUGGGCGCUUUCUCCCUUGUCUCUGCGCUCAUGCUUUUGCUUGCUGCCACCUCGAUGGGAGGAAAGGAAUUUGCCUACUCGCUGAAGACUUUCAUUGGAAUGCUUCUUUUGUCUCUUGCACUUAUAGUUACUUUCAUUUACGUGGAAACUUACGUUGCAGAUGAACCCAUCAUUCCAAUGGCAGUCAUGGCCGAGAGAACCGUGUUGUCUGCAUCGUUGGCCAACUGGUUCUAUACCAUGGGUGUGUUCACCAACCUCUUCUACGUUCCUGUUUUCUUCCAGACCGUCAUCGGACUCAGCGCUACUCAAAGUGGUGAGCGUAUCAUCCCCAAUUUCUUUGCUCUCUCCUUGGGUUCUCUUUUGACUGGUCUCUACAUGCUGAAGACAGGCCGUUAUUAUACCUUGUGUGUUGUGAUCGGCUUAAUUUCUACAUUGGGAAUGUUGAGAUUAUUUUAUCUCGAUGAAAAUGCCACCUUGUGGCAACAAUACACCAUUCUCGUGCCUCAAGGUUUGGGUUACUCUUCUGCCUUGACCAUCACUUUACUUGCAUUGAUUGCUUCUGUCCCUCAAAAGUAUCAGGCUUGCACGACUUCUAUUCAGUACACCUUCAGAGCCACAGGAUCUACGAUUGGUGUCUCUUUGGCUAGUGCCAUUUUUGAGAAGGUCCUCCGUGAAAAACUCCGGGGACUGAUCCAUGAGGCUAUUCCCGACUUCGAAAAGGCUGAGAAGAUUAUCAGAAAAGCUCUUGAGACGACUACAUAUGUCAAACACGCCCCGGAAAUUGUGCAACACGCCAUCAAGAACUCUUAUAACCAAGCUUGUAUUGCUGCCUUUGUUUUCGGUGCCAUUUCAUUAACCUUGGGAUUCGUGUCAUCGCUCUUUAUGAGAGAGCACGUUCUUCACAAAAGCAUUGAAAGAGAUGAAACUGAAUAG